AUGUCUGCUGAUUUGGUUAUGGAAGCUGUACCAGAGGCCGUUCUUGGCGUGAGACCCAGUGCUUCUGCCCCACAAUCUGACAUUGAAGUAUUGAUUAAAUGGAAGGCUCUCCCUGAUUUUGAGGCUACAUGGGAGGAUUACACUUCUCUCUUCACUUUGUUUCCUUCUUUCCACCUUGAGGACAAGGUGGCUGUGUGGGAAGGGGGUAAUGCUACAUCACGUGCCAGGCCACCUAUCAGAAUAAAGAACCUGGUGAUUGAGGAGCUUAAGCAAUACUUUAAGCCUGAGUUUUUAAAUAGGUUAGAUGAUAUGAUUGUGUUUAGGAAGCUUACAAAGUUGGAAGUCAAGGAGAUUGCUGAUAUCAUGUUGAAGGAAGUUUUCAGGCGGCUUGAAACCAAGGGCAUUAAUAUUCAAGUGACUGAGAGUUUUACACAGAGAGUAGUUGAGGAUGGUUAUAGUCCAAGUUAUGGAGCGAGGCCGCUUAGGCGAGCUAUCAUGAGGCUUUUGGAGGAUAGCAUGGCUGAGAAGAUGCUUGCAAGAGAAAUUCAAGAAGGUGAUUCAGUUAUUCUGGAUGUUGAUUCUAGUGGAAAUGUCAUUGUGCUUAAUAGUAGUAAUAAUAAUUCCAGCUUGUUUUCUGAGUUGCUUCCAGUGUGAAGUUUAAAUGUAUAGUAAAAUCUUGAAUUCUUUGGUAUUUAGUUAGAGACAUGCUGGUCGUAUUUCA